UCAAAACCCCCUACAGCUAAUUCACAAAAGACUCGCCGCAGUGCCGAGCGCUCUGAUUGGCUGAGGCCGGAGCCACAGGAAGCGGCGCAGGGCUCGCUGAUUGGCUGCCGAUCUCUUUGUGUGCGUGCAGCUGGCGUCUGGGCUGCAUUUUGAAUGGUCUCGUAUUGGAAGGCGAAGGUGUCCAUGGGCAGCACAGCAACAAAGGAGCCAGGAUGGUGUUAGUGCACGUCGGAUAUCUGGUCCUUCCCGUCUUCGGUUCGGUCAGAAGUAGAGGAGCACAUUUUAGCAGGCACCAGCAUAGUCAUGCUACCUCCUGCCGGCAUUUCCACCUGGCUGCUACAGCAACACCGCUGCCUGCUGAGUUCCCGCCCCCUCCCCUCGCCCCGCCUCAGUACCAGGAAGUCCCGCCCCCUUUCUUACCUCAGGCCUUACAGCAGCAAUACCUCAUCCAGCAACAGCUACUGCAGCGCAGACGCACACAGGAGCGAGUCCCGCUGAACACACAUCGGUUACGCCCAGGAUAUGAAUAUGCUCCGCCCCUCCAUGUCCCUCAGCCAAUCCCACAGCAGCCCAGAUACCUGGCCGAAGGCACUGAUUGGGACCUAAGCGUGGACGCAGGAGUGCCAUAUCAGUAUCCUCUGCAGCAGAUCCCUCAACCCUACCAGCAUUACCUGGCCUCUCCCAGAAUGCACCACCUCCCCAGGAACACCUCCUCCACCCAAGUGGUUGUCCAUGAGAUCAGGAACUAUCCGUAUCCACAGCUCCACCUGCUGGCACUGCAGAGCUUGAGUCCCAGCAGACACUCAUCAGCUGUUCGAGAGAGCUACGAGGAGCUGCUACAGCUGGAGGAUCGACUGGGAAGCGUCAACAGAGGGGCCAUACAGACCACCAUAGAGAGAUUCACCUUCCCACACAAAUACAAGAAGCGGAAGCCGCUGGAGCUGAAGUUAUAUGAGAGUGAGGAAGAGUCAGAUGUGGAUGAGAAAUGCACCAUUUGCCUCUCCAUGCUGGAGGAUGGAGAAGAUGUCAGACGGUUACCCUGUAUGCAUUUGUUCCAUCAGGUGUGUGUGGAUCAGUGGCUGGCCACCAGUAGGAAGUGUCCCAUCUGCAGAGUGGACAUCCAAACACAGCUCACCCCUGAGAGCUGAAACGCACCCGGCGAAACAACACGCAUUAAAAAAUAACUCUCAUUCACACACAUGCUCUAUUUCACUCUUAUACAUCCACACACAAACACACACACACACACACUGUAUAUUAUCUACAUACGUGUAUGAUGAGCCAUCCAACACACACUAAACACACACUCACACGCUUUACUGAGCCAAUGACAAUAACUGACACUACACACACACACACACACACACACACACACACACACACACGUGCUGGUAGAAACUAAAAAGGGUCUGUUGCGAGGAUUGAUUCUGUCUGUAGGGAAAUGGUGUGUGUCCGUAGCAUAUGUGUGUGUAUUUGUGCAAUUCCUUAAGCCAUGAACUUUACUAAAGACCCUCAGCUUGCAUACAAUACACACACACUCACACACUUACAUGUUACAUUUAAUCUAUACAUGGCGGAUAAGACACUGUCAAAUCUAGCUGCUGGAGUGUGUGUGUGUGUGUCCACUGUAUUUCUGAUCUGCAAUACUGCUUUAGUCUUACACACUGGAGCUACUUCGGCUUGAGUGUGUGCAUUUGUGCGCUUGUUCACCAUUUUGGUGCGUGUAUGUGUGUUAAUAUUUUCAUGGUUAAUCAGCGCACGAUGGUGCAUGUAGAGAAGCCAAAAAAGAACACGCAACAACAAGAAAAAACACAAAAGCAACUCAUUUCCGAGACAGCAGGAGGAGGGCUGUUGUCUUACAAAAAAAAAUAAAAAAUACGCGGAAAAUGUCGUGAUUGGUGGACUCGUGUAGAUAGGCGCAGUAGUAGUUGCAUGCAUCUGUGCUUGGGUUGUUGUUUCAAGGUACACCUGGAAGAGUGCGUAGGCGUGUGCGCGUGAAUGCAUGGAUGUGUAUUAGCUCCUUUAAGCUGUGACGAUCCGUAACAUUAUCAGACUCAUGUAGCGCGUGUGUGUGCGUGUUUGUGUGCGCGAAAGAGACCCUGCCAUGACCUUUGACCCUAAAUGCCUACUGAAAAAAAGCACAUGUGAGCAUAGCUAAAGUGCCCGGCCUCACUCUGGUGCUGCGCUGCCAUGAUUACUGUAUUUAUUAUUGGUAUUUAAAACAUGCAGUAUUUGGAGGGGGCGGGGCUUGUGUGUGUCCAACGGUGUUCUUGUGUGACAGGUCUCCCCUCGUGGUUGCUAUGCUGGUUGCUAUGCUGUAUUGCUAGAACUACAAUGUAGAAUGUGGUGUGAUAGAGGACCGUCCGCCAACAGCACACAAGCAGGUCGAGACGGACGAGCGCCACGCCGGAAUUAUUCGUAUUUGGCCCGAAACAUACGCAGGUAGUUUUCUGUUUCAGCUCAAAUUUCAUGAAUCUUGCUGAGCAAGUUAAUGUUGACAUGUUUACAGCUAGCUACACAAACAAUAGCACAUCCGGUUUAAUGGUGCACAAGUUUGAACACUGGCGCCCUCUUGAGCACUGAAGUUUGCAAAAAUGCACAUUAUGCAAUGCGUAUGUUUCUGGCCUUCGUUGUUUAUAGUUUUAAACACUUCCAGUUUAAUUUGAACAACUUGCAACAAGGAUAUUCCUUUUAUAUGGAUUGUGUUUCCCCGAAAAAAUGUCUGGUUCAAUUUUGCUUUAUGUAAAUUUGGCAGAUUUCAGGGUGUGUUCAAAAUCUAACAAUCUACCCUGUAUAAGCAUUCAACUAUGGAAGCUUGUUUACACUAUUGGAUAACCAAAUAUAUAUAUAUAUAUAAAAAUUCAUUUUUAUUCUGUAAUUCGGAUAUUUUUUGCACAACUCUGAGAAAAAAACUUCAAAGUCAAAAUUGUGAAAUAAAAAACUGCUCCUUGUUUUAUUAUUUAUUCCUUGCUGAAGCAAACAAAAAAAAAUGUAAACACAGAAUUCAGAGAUAGAAUUGCAAUAUGUAAACUCGGAAUUGGCAGAGAAAAUCAUAAAUCAUAUGAUUUUGCCCGCAUUCACCAAUUUUCGAUAACAAAAUACAUUCUGAGAUUGCUUUAAUAAAGCAUACAUUUUAUUUUUUGUUGCAUUUUGCUUCAUUGUGACCCAAAGCUAAAUAAAAAAACAUUUAAGUUCAUAACGAAGCUGUAUUCGUUUCAGCCAAUGAGCUUCAUUUUUGCCUGUGUUGGCUCCUCCCCCCGGUGUUCUGUGUGUUGAUUGGCGGAUGAUGGCUUGUGUUGAUCGUUACACAGGGUUAUGUCCGUUGAAAUGCCUUAAGUAUUUAACAAUCAUAAUUUAUUACUAACUGUAGAUAUCGUGGGUACGUAUUUAAUUUUGUAUAGUUUCAUUUUUUUGCAAUGGAAUCAUAUUUUAUUUAUUUAGAAAUAACACAAAAUGAUUAAACUCUUACCUCAUGUUUGAGUUGGUUUGCGGGAAUGCUUCGCAUGCGGUUGGUCGUGUUCGUGUGUGUUUCUCCCUUUGGUGCUGUGACCUUACUGACAUUCCGCUUGCUGAUUGGUCAGACAUGGCAGCGGAGUGGGAGUAUUAUGGGUUUUGAUUCGCUGUCCUGUUUGCACUCUUAGUUUUCCAAGGCCACCCUCUCACUGGCAUCAUUUUACCACUCUGGCGACCUUUGCAACACAAUCUUCCUCUCUUUCUCUUUCUCUACUCUUCUCUCUGGAAGUCUUUCUUAAUGUUUACAUGAUCUAUACCUCUCUCGUCUCAUGUCUGUCUACAGUCUCUCUUUCUCUGUUUAACAUUUUCACUCUUGUUAAUGUUUACAUCCUCUACUUGCUUGCUUUCUCUUUCCUCGUGCUUUUUUUCUUUAACAGUCUUAAAUUCUUAAUUUUUACAUUCUCUCUCUUUCUAAGGGUGUGUUCGAAAUCUAGCGAGCUGCACUACAUAGGAAGUUACCUUAUAAGGCAGCAUACUAACUAAAAAGAAACCUUUUAAGUGACUGAUUUCAAACAAAGUACAGAGACAGCGACACUUAUACAAAGUGCACAAGAGAUCUGAUCUCAGAUAUACAGGGGGAAAUAAUGGUGUAGAAAUUACUUUCAAAAUGCAAAGAAACCGCAAUUGCCACAUUGAAUUAAACAUGAAAUAUUUAAGGAAAAAUAAAUUAUUUUGUUGUAAUGCAUACUUAAUAUAUAUAAUAAUAUUUAUAAUUUUGCUCGCAUUCUCCACCAGCUUUUGUGACAGUAACUGCAUAGGGCACUGCAUAUGCUACUGUCUCGUCUAAGUAGGAUACUCACUAGAUUUUGAAACAAGCUCAUUUUUUCUCAAUCUUUCAUUUCUAUUUCUGUUUCAUCUCUGUUAUUGGUUAUUGGGCAUGUGAAUCGUCUUUCCUCUGUCCUAGUUUAUUUUGCCAGUCUCUCUCUCUCUCUCUCUCUCUCUCUCUCUCUCUCUCUCUCUCUCUCCCUGUCUCAUGGCAGGGUCAGGACUAACAGAGUAUGAUAAAGCACAACAGAUUUAAAAUGCAUGUUUUUCUCAGGUUUGAAUAUAUACAUGACUAAACAGAAAUAUACAGCUACAUAGAGAAAAUAAAAACUAGUGCAGAUGUUCUACUAAUGAUAUUAGAAGAUAGAUUUUUUUUUUUGCUGCUGCUGCUUGCAUUUGAAAAACAAACAAAACAAAACACAAAAAAAGACAUUAAUAAUAAUAAUGUUGUCCUAAAAGUGCCAGUGACAGGGGUGCCGCGUGCUGUGGGUGUUUUUUCACUAGCGGAUUUUCUAGCAGAAUAUAGACUAUUUAUCAUUCAUAUUAAAGCAAUAGCGCCUCCUGCUGGUGUGACUGCUAGUACGUAACUGGUCGAGUAAAUAAAGUCUGUGUAAAAUGUUAGAAUUCUCUUUUGGUGGAAUUUUUGUACCUUAUUUAUUACUACUACUAAUGAUGAAUUUAAAAGUGGCAUCGCUAAAAUGUUUUUGGUUUCGUUUUCAUUUUGUUUAAUUUCAAAGCUUGUACAUUAUCCUUUUUGUAUGUGCUCAUUUUGUAAUAAAAAUGUUGAAAUGCUUAAA